AUGCGUAUUUCACAACCACCAGACAGCGGUUGGCGGUUUGUAGACAGCGGCCGAAAACUGCUUUGGCGCAGACACUGGCCCAAGCUUGAUGCUAAAAGUGCUGAAAAGGUGCCUCACAAUAAGAGACGUCGUAAGCAGCAUCCACAUUCAAGCAACAACAACAACAACAACAACAACAACAACAACAACAACAACAACAACAACAACAACAACAACAACAACAACAACAACAACAACAACAACAACAACAACAACAACAACAACAACAACAACAACAACAACAACAACAACAACAACAACAACAACAACAACAACAACAACAACAACAACAACAACAACAACAACAACAACAACAACAACAACAACAACAACAACAACAACAACAACAACAACAACAACAACAACAACAACAACAACAACAACAACAACAACAACAACAACAACAACAACAACAACAACAACAACAACAACAACAACAACAACAACAACAACAACAACAACAACAACAACAACAACAACAACAACAACAACAACAACAACAACAACAACAACAACAACAACAACAACAACAACAACAACAACAACAACAACAACAACAACAACAACAACAACAACAACAACAACAACAACAACAACAACAACAACAACAACAACAACAACAACAACAACAACAACAACAACAACAACAACAACAACAACAACAACAACAACAACAACAACAACAACAACAACAACAACAACAACAACAACAACAACAACAACAACAACAACAACAACAACAACAACAACAACAACAACAACAACAACAACAACAACAACAACAACAACAACAACAACAACAACAACAACAACAACAACAACAACAACAACAACAACAACAACAACAACAACAACAACAACAACAACAACAACAACAACAACAACAACAACAACAACAACAACAACAACAACAACAACAACAACAACAACAACAACAACAACAACAACAACAACAACAACAACAACAACAACAACAACAACAACAACAACAACAACAACAACAACAACAACAACAACAACAACAACAACAACAACAACAACAACAACAACAACAACAACAACAACAACAACAACAACAACAACAACAACAACAACAACAACAACAACAACAACAACAACAACAACAACAACAACAACAACAACAACAACAACAACAACAACAACAACAACAACAACAACAACAACAACAACAACAACAACAACAACAACAACAACAACAACAACAACAACAACAACAACAACAACAACAACAACAACAACAACAACAACAACAACAACAACAACAACAACAACAACAACAACAACAACAACAACAACAACAACAACAACAACAACAACAACAACAACAACAACAACAACAACAACAACAACAACAACAACAACAACAACAACAACAACAACAACAACAACAACAACAACAACAACAACAACAACAACAACAACAACAACAACAACAACAACAACAACAACAACAACAACAACAACAACAACAACAACAACAACAACAACAACAACAACAACAACAACAACAACAACAACAACAACAACAACAACAACAACAACAACAACAACAACAACAACAACAACAACAACAACAACAACAACAACAACAACAACAACAACAACAACAACAACAACAACAACAACAACAACAACAACAACAACAACAACAACAACAACAACAACAACAACAACAACAACAACAACAACAACAACAACAACAACAACAACAACAACAACAACAACAACAACAACAACAACAACAACAACAACAACAACAACACCACAACCAACAACAAAAAAACAGACAAGCAGCUGUUGGCUAUUGCCAAAACUAAAUUUUCCGGACCACCCUCUACCACCGACCAUCCUAUUUCCGGUCUCUCGGUUCCAAAACCCAUCACCUUUAAAAGGGGUGAAACCAUCAACCCAUAUCGGACAGAAAAACAAGGACCUACACCAACUAACCAGCAAGAACAACAACAAGCGAUGGACAGUCAAACAACCACGAUGAACAGUCAGCAAUAUCAACUACAGCAACAACAACAAAAUCAACCACAUCACGACAUUCAACUCGACCCAAUGCAUCCACCCAUCGUACGUCUCACACAGCAAUCCGCCGAGGGUGACGGUCGAUUUCUGAAAGCGAGACUCCGCGAUCCUAACAUUAUGAGGGUUGUUCGGUUAUUCCUCGCUUACAUGAAGGAUUAACCCGAAACCGUUUGUAUUGAUGGGAUGACAAUCACCAGCAUACGAGUUCUUCUUGCGUCUGAAGGCCUGCCUACCGAUCCUGCACAUCUUCUACGAAUUUUUAACGCCGUUCAUCAGGAGUAUGGAGUAAGCCCUGCUGAAGCUGCGUCGGACUUAUCUUCUUACCGCCAAUAUCUCAAAAGCGAACGCACGAACCGACUGCAACAACUGCGGGAAAGUUCGAAUAAAUUCUACUCGCCCCUUCCGGAACGAAAUUUUAUGAAGUAAGGACGCCUUCUUCCUUGGAAGAAAUAGAAGUGGAGCCGGUAACUAUUAAUAUUUCUUUAACCGGUAAUCUUCAAUCUGACUGUAAUUUAAAUAUUUCAAAAACCGACACACUUCCAACUAUUUCUUCGACUGAAAACAAUUCGACCGAAAUUUUGAUUUAUUGUCAGAAUUUCAAUCGAAUGAAAAGUCCAGCCAAAAUAAAAGAAAUCUAUAAAAAUUUAUUAAGCACAUCCUUCUCGGUAGUUUUGGCAACUGAGACAAGCUGGGAUGAAAGUGUUCGAAGCGAAGAAAUUUUUGGAAGUGAUUUCAAUGUAUUCCGAAACGACCGAAAUUUUCAUGAGUCCCAGAGGAAAUCAGGAGGAGGAGUUCUUGUAGCUAUUUCGGCCAAUUUUAACUCAGAAAUCAUUAACACAUCUAAAUUUAAAGAAUUCGAGCAUGUCUGGGUGAAAUCUCACAUAGCAGGUGAAACACAUAUUUUCGCCUCAGUGUAUUUUCCACCAGAUCAUGCGAAUAAAAAUACAUAUGAAAAGUUCUUUCAAUGUGCUGAACAAAUCAUGUCUCAACUUCCUCCCGAAGUUAAGGUCCACAUAUAUGGGGACUUUAAUCAACGUAAUGCUGAUUUCAUUCUGGACUCUGAAAAUGAAAGUAUUUUACUCCCAGUCGUUGGGGAGAAUGAAACCUUGCAAUUUAUUUUUGACAAAACAGCAAAUUUAGGUCUAAACCAAAUUAAUCACAUAAAAAACCGCCAAAAUUGCUACCUUGACUUUUUAUUAACGAAUAUCUUUGACGACUUCUGUGUUAGCGAAUCAUUGUCUCCGUUAUGGAAAAAUGAAGCUUUCCACACAGCAAUCGAAUAUUCUUUGUUCAUACAUGAGCACAAAAUCCCCAACGACUGCGAAUAUGAGGAAGUGUUUGAAUACAAAUUUGCGAAGUACGAAAACAUUAAAUGUAAAUUAAGUAGUGUAGAUUGGCAAGCUAUUCUUAGGAAUGAAGGAAAUGUCGAAUCUGCCGUAGAAGAGUUCUACAAAAUUUUAAAUGAAAUUAUUGGGCAAGAAACUCCAAUAAAAACGAAACGUCGUCAUAUAAAUUCAAAAUAUCCAAUCUGGUAUAAUCAACAAAUCAAAAAUCUGAAAAAUCGCAAACAAAAAGCACAUAAAAUUUACAAAAAAUAUAAAACUGAUGAAAAUUUAGCUAAAUAUUUGAACCUAUGCGACCAAUUAAAUUUUGAAAUUAAUAAUGCAUUUGAAGAAUAUAAUACGAAAACUGAACUCGAAAUAAAGUCCUGCCCAAAGAACUUCUUUAAUUACGUAAAAACCAAAUUAAAAUCUGACAAUUUUCCAUCCGUAAUGCAUCUUGACGAAAAAGUUGGGGACACCCCGGAAAAAAAUUGUAAUCUAUUUGCUGAUUUUUUCCAGGAAAUCUAUACAACUUUUUCGGAAGAAGAUCGUGACCGCGAUUAUUUUGCUUUCUACCCUGAAUUUAUUAGGAAUGUUGGUGUAAAUCAAAUUCAACCAAAUGAAAUUUGUGAAGCACUUUUGAACUUGGACGCCUCUAAGGGACAUGGUCCUGACAAAAUUCCUCCAAUAUUUCUGAAAACUUUAGCUAAGGAGCUCACUGUUCCUUUAUUUUGGCUUUUUAAAAUAUCACUCGACAGUGCAAACUUCCCAAAAAUAUGGAAAAGCUCUUUUUUAGUGCCUAUUUUUAAAUCUGGUCGUAAAUCAGACGUACGUAAUUAUCGCGGAAUAGCCAUUAUCUCUUGCAUUCCAAAACUAUUUGAGGCAAUUGUCAACAAAAAGUUAUUUCUACAAAUCAAAAACAGAAUAACUAACAUGCAGCACGGCUUUUUUAAAGGCCGGUCAACUUCAACAAACUUGCUUCAAUUUGUUGACUAUAUAUUGAAUGCAAUGGAUAAUGGAAACCACGUGGAAGCUCUUUAUACGGACUUUAGUAAGGCAUUUGAUCGCAUCGACAUAUCAAUGCUGCUUUUCAAAUUGCACAAAAUUGGAAUUGAACCAGGUCACCUGAAAUGGCUUGAAUCAUAUCUAACUGACCGCCAACAAAUAAUUAAAUUUGAAGGAUACAAAUCAAAACCAAUUCAAGUCACUUCCGGUGUACCACAAGGUUCUCAUUUGGGACCUCUUCUUUUUAUCAUUUAUGUAAACGACAUUUCCUUCAUUCUCAAGAAAUUAAAAGUGUUAAUUUAUGCCGACGACAUGAAGCUCUUUUUGGAAAUAAGAAAUGAUGAAGACAUCAAUGUAUUCCGCAAUGAAAUAGAAAUAUUCUACACAUGGUGCAACAAAAGCCUAUUAGAACUGAAUGUUAAAAAAUGCAAUUUAAUAUCAUUUAGCAGAAAAAGAACAACACCGAAUGUCUCAAUUGCAUUAGGAAAUAAGAAUGUGGAAAAAUGUGAAAGGGUUAGGGAUUUAGGAGUAAUCUUAGAUUCUAAACUUACAUUCGUUGACCACUACAACACAAUCAUUCACAGGGCUAAUAAUAUGCUAGGGUUCAUUAAGCGCUUCUGCUAUAACUUUCAUGACCCAUAUACAAUUAAAACACUUUAUAUUGCCUAUGUUAGAUCUAUUUUAGAAUACUGCAGCACUGUAUGGUCUCCUUUUUCAACCACGCACGAAGAAAGAUUAGAAUCAGUGCAAAAACAAUUUCUACUGUUUGCUCUUCGUAAAUUAGGCUGGACAUCAUUUCCACUUCCGUCUUACAAAGCACGCUGCAUGCUUAUUGACAUACAAACUCUGCAAGAGCGGCGUGAAAUCGCAAUGAUUUCAUUCGUAAACGAUAUCGUUUCGCAUCG